CUACUGUUUCGCGGGGGGAUAUCAGAUGACAUCUGGCAACCCGUCAGAUCAUAAUUGCACCUUGAGCUUAGCAGCCGCGAUGAAACGCCUCCUACAAGUUCCGGCAGGGACACGGCGCUUGUAACCGUGUCCCGCAUGCCCUCCGGGUACACUGGGAAGCAAAGGACAUGUCCAGCCGGUGAACACUGCCUGAUCGAAUCCGCUUGAAUGAGCGACAGAGCCGAGAUGAGAGGGCCCACAGCCCGCCAAAGACGGACGACUAUUUCUGGGGGCGGUGGUGUGAAGCAGCAAGCCAACGGGGCCAAGUGGCACCAUGCUGGUGUGGAGAAACCUCCUCCGUGUCCCACAAAAAAGAAAACGGACGAGGCGUCCAGGCAUGUUAACAACGGGAAGGCGGACAAGGAGAAAGGACAGCAGCCCACUGACAACCAGAGGAAAUCAAGAAGUCCAUUGGACGAAAUCAGUGAGGGACUCAGCUGUCAUGUCCUACAGGAGUCUCUUCUGAGCUCAGCCAGUGGCUAUAGUAACUACAGAGGAAUCCUCAACUGGUGUGUUGUCAUGCUGGUGCUUAGUAAUGCCCGCCUCUUCCUGGAGAACAUUAUAAAGUACGGCAUCCUUGUAGACCCAAUCCAGGUGGUGUCUCUCUUCCUGAAGGACCCUUACAGCUGGCCUGCUGCUUGCCUCAUCAUUGUGUCCAAUGUGUUCAUAUUAGCAGCAUUGUACAUUGAGAGACGUCUAGCUGUGGGAACCGUGUCCGAAACGACCGGAUGGAUUUUUCACAUAUUUAACUUGGCCUCGCUGUUGAUUUUUCCCUCUGCAACUAUUCUCACUGUAACCUCCGUUACCCCUGUGGGUGGCAUCCUGUCCUUGGGAAUCUACACCGUGCUGUUCCUGAAGCUGUACUCCUACCAAGACACCAACAGGUGGUGCCGUGAGAUCAGACAAGCCAAAGCCAAGAAGCUGACUCGCUCCUACUCCUGUCCAUCUGUGGCGCAGUCCAAUGGCUCAGCAGUGCACACUCAUGUCUCCUACCCAGGGAACCUCACCCACAGAGACAUGUACUACUUUGUGUUCGCCCCGACACUCUGCUACCAGCUCAACUUCCCCAGGUCGCCACGGAUACGCAAGAGGUUCCUAGUAAGAAGGCUCUUUGAGAUGCUCUUCUUCAUGCAGCUGCUAGUGGGGUUAAUCCAGCAGUGGAUGGUUCCGACCAUACAGAACUCCAUGAAGCCAUUCCAGGAAAUGGAUUUUUCUAGAAUGGUGGAACGUCUGCUCAAGCUGGCUGUUCCCAACCAUCUGAUCUGGUUGAUAUUCUUCUACUGGUUUUUCCACUCGUCCAUGAACUUUGUGGCUGAGCUGCUGCAGUUUGGGGACAGAGAGUUCUACAGGGACUGGUGGAACUCUGAGACCGUCAUUUACUUUUGGGCCAACUGGAACAUCCCGGUUCACAAGUGGUGUCUGAGACAUUUCUAUAAGCCCAUGUUAAGGAGGGGCGUCAACAAGUUUCUGGCUCAAACUGCCGUCUUCCUGGUGUCCGCCUUCUUUCACGAGUAUUUAGUGAGCGUCCCUCUGAAGAUGUUCCGCCUGUGGGCCUUCAUGGGCAUGAUGGCUCAGGUUCCCCUCGCUUGGUUCGUGGGUCGCUUCCUGAAGGGCAUCUACGGCAACGCGGCCGUGUGGAUGUCGCUCAUCAUCGGGCAGCCGGUGGCCGUGUUGAUGUACGUGCACGACUACUACGUCAUGCAUCACGGCAACAGCACGUAGCCCUGCGGAGACAUUUCAAAGACAAGUUGAAACGACUCGAACGGAGCCUUGCUCGGACCACGGUUGCUGAGAAGGCUGCAAAAUGGCCAAAGAUAAGAAAAAUGGAGACUGAAGAAGACAUCUAAUCGGCAAAUGAGCUUUUUCCUACCUUCACAACCACAAAACAAUGCAAUCAUGCUAUAUUAUGUGCGUGGUUAUGACUUUAUUUUGUGUAUUUGUUUAUGACUACUGCAAUAACGUGCCAACCCAAUGAACUGAACCCAUUUUGCCAUUGAAUGCUUUUGCACUUUAAAGAGAUGCAUGCUCUUGAAUGUUCUCUUUCGGUUGUGUUUUUGCCAUCGAGAUAUGUCGAGUCUUCUUUUUGCUUCCAAAUUGAGACCAACUCUCCUUUAAUACCAAACAUUUCAGGGAACGUCAGUGCGAAAUAAAGCACCAUUUGUCACUGAAGCUGUGCUGAAAUUCCUUCGUAAUUCGAGAAAAAGUGCCUGCUCUUAAAAACAGGCCAAAUGCUUUUGAUGAAAUCAUCUGUCCUGAGUAAAUUUGGAUGUUAUCAGUGCACUAAUGUAGCCAAAUGUGAGUAAAGUUAUUUUAUAAGCUCUACUGUAUAUCUAUUUGUAAAAAAUCAAUUUAAAAAAAUGUAGCUUAAACUGCCUUUUAACAUGUGUUUUAAAUGUUUAAUGAAGAAAUAAUGUACUACUCAUGCAAAUAUGUGUGGUUUAAUACAUUUUAUGAAAAUUCCGAUCUGUUUUUUGGG